AUGAAGCUCUCUUCCAGCUUCAUUUUGCCAUUGCUGGCCAGUACAGCUUGUGCCACAUCAGAUUCCGCCCGUGCCUACAUAUUCGAAGGCCAACAAUGGCCAAAUAAUCUAGCAUCACCUCCAGCUCUUUCCCCUAAUGAAGCACGCCUCGUCCUCGCACAACGAUUGGGAGUAUCACAAUUUCAUGAUGUUGGAUCGGUCGGCAGCAGUGCCAUUAAGUAUAUCAACAAGUUUGGAGGACAAAUAAAAUCAUUGUUCGAGGAUGCGCCAAAGAACAGUGCGGCUGAGUUGGUUAUGAUUGUUGAGGGUGUAUUAGAGGGAACGGCCGGAUCACUAUCAGAUGCUUGGUCUUCUAUACAACCAGCAUUUACAAUCUCAAAUCCACCUUCAGUUAGGACGACACAGAAAUUGGCAGAUGAUUUGGAGUCACAGGUCGGAGAGGCAAAGAAAUGCUCUUUUGACGAUGCUAUCAAUCCAUUCGCAGACAGAUGCUGGAAUGGAAAGUCGAAGAUCAUGCACGUUGACUUAAAUAGACAACCAAAGAAUAAGGAUUUCAUCAACGCAUCUUUCGAACGCUUAACCAAAUUCGCCUCCAAAGCAGAAAUGAAUGUACUCGUCAUCCUCAUGCCCGAAUCUCGCAGAGGCAGUGGAUCUUACGGCUCUUACGUUAGACCUUCACAAAAGAAGCUUUCUAGCAGACAACAAUUUGAAGAACCAAUGGCUGAGUUCGUCGAUCACCAAGCACAAACACAAGAAGCCCCGAGCUCUAAUUCUUCCCACAAUAACAAUACUUUCAUUAAGACAACUCUUCCUGUCUGCCACGCCUCUUUGGACUCUUGUAUCUCCUCCACCAACAACUGCUCAUCAAUGGGUGCUUGCUAUAAGAAAUACACAUCCCAAUCCGGCGAUUGCUUCGCCUGCAGAUGUGGUGCCGAUUCGGGACGUGGAGGGUCUGCUUGUCAAAAAUCAGAUAUCAGCGGUCCUUUCUGGUUGAUCUUCAUCUCUAGUCUCGUCCUGGUCGGGCUUGUUUCCUGGGGAAUUGGCAUGUUGUAUAGCAUCGGUGAUGAACAAUUACCUGGUGUUAUUGGUGCUGGUGUUUCUUCCGGCAAGGGAAGAUGA